CUCUCUCUCUCUCUCUCAAAGUGUUCUCCCCCAGAUGCUGAGUUAUACAAACAAGUAGCCGUCUAGCUUGCUUUCAUUUUCAAACCCCAAAAAGAAACGCAAAGUUUGUGUCUUUUUCAACUCAUUUUAACUCAUCAGUUCAAUUGACUCAAAUGUCAUCUGCAACAACAGUAACAGGAGGAGCAACAAGAAGACCAAAAUGGCAGUACCCACCAGCACCACCAACCCCAAAAAUUCUCCACUUUCCGCGUAGGCCUCGACGGAGAGCAUCCAGGAGCGUUCAUGGUGGAAGACCCAAUUCAGGGGAGGCCAAGAAGGACAACAAGGGCAAGCUGGAAGCUCUGUUUGACCAAGAACGAGUUUUUUCCAGGGUCAGUUUGCCCAUUGUGCUUUUUGAGCAUGGUGAUGGGGAAAGUGAGUGCAGGAGAGAGAGGGUUAAAGAGGGUGAGGAUGGUGGUGAUGAAGUGGUGGAAGAGGAGAAGUGGAGAUUUCAGGCUGAGAUGUUGAGGGCAGAGUGCAAUUUAUUGAGGAUGGAGAAUGAGAUUGCAGUUAAGAAGAUGGAGAGGGUCAAGGUCAAGGUGGAGAGGACUCUUAAAUCAGCUGUUCACACUCUUGUUUCUGGGAGAAAGAAGAUUUGCGAAGGAAAGAAUGCAAGUAUGGUAUUGGAGGAAGAACUUCAACACUUGGCAGAAAAGCUAGAGAAGUUGCAAAGGAAUUUAGGAGUUAAGGAUUCGGAGGUUCGAAACACUAGUAAUUUUGAUAAACAUGCGUAUCUUCUUCAAAGAAAGCUACAGAAGUUCAGACGAACAUCGGAUGAGAUAUGUGUCAAGGAGAUCCAAGAGAUGGCAGAAGCAAGCUUUUCGAUCAAAACAAGCCAUAGAGUAAAUGAGAACUUGCUUUCGAGUGGCAAAAGUAAUGUAGACAUUCUCAGAAGGAAAAUGGAGGGAUUGUCAAAUGGGAUGCUAUUAGAGAGGAUGAAGGAAGAGUAUGGUUCAAUGCUGUCUACCGCCGACAGUUCUGUUGCCAGUUCUGCCUCUUCUUCCCAGAGAAUUGAAGCCACCAAUUUGUCUUCUUAUUUGAUACAACAAUUUUACAAGGAGAAAGAGUGUCGUGAAGAGAAUGUGUGCUCAGGACGUUGCAAGGCGAUAGUUCGAAGAAUUGUAGAGCAAGUUCGAGUUGAGACAGAGCAAUGGUCUCAGAUGCAGGAGAUGCUGGGGCAGGUGAAGGAGGAGAUGGAAGAAUUGCAUGCCUCUCGAGACUUGUGGAAAGAUCGAGCGCUAGAUUCUGAUUAUCACAUCCAAUCCUUACAAUCCGUUGUGCAAGAAUGGAAACAGAAAGCUGUCUCAUCUGAAAGCAAAGCAAAGGAGUUGCAGGCACAAGUGUCUAUGCUCCAUGGAGAGCUUGAUAGGUUGAGGAAGGAAGCAAGCAUAAGAGCAAUGAAGGCCAAUGGUUCACCACUUAUACCCCGGGAUCCACAGAACGAAAUGGAAAAACACGUCCUGAUUUGUCACUUGAAGGAAAAUCAUUGUCCCAAAGAAGGUGGCAGCAAGCAAAGAAAACUAGCCACAUGUACCAACAGAGUGCUUGUUGCUCCAAAAAGAUCACCCUUUCGAGACAUCGGAAACUCCUCAUUGCCGGAGAGGCAGAACAGCAAAGCAGUCUUCCCUUUGCAUUGCUCUCUACCUUCCAAGACAUAGAAAAGCUUUUGAGAUUCGUUACAUUGGAUUCAACUUCGGAAUCUUGCUCUUUUCUAACCAUAUUAACUGCAGGGGCUCUCCCUCUUUGCUAACCAUAUGAAUUGUACGGCAUAGUUUGUGGUUUUUCACUUAUUGCAUCAAUGAUAUGCCUCCAAUUUCUAUCACAGCUAAUGAGCUAGAAGCCCAGGUCAAAGCC